AUGCCAUUCUCCAGCUCAAACUCCUGCAUCCGCAUCAAAGACAUCGUCAACGACGUCGACAUCCACCCGCUCUCCGUCCUCUCCUCCUACAACUCCCUCAACUCUCCCUCGCCCUCGCCAAUCAUCCUCGCUCAGUCCCCGGCUCAGGGCCCGAACCGCAAAGUCAUCUCGCACAUCUUUGGCCGUAAUAAGCGCCAGACCCUCGCUAUCCCGGACUCGGUCUGGGUCACCGUCUGCCGGCGUCACUAUCAAAGAGAAUCCUACCGCAAAGACAAAUUCCCGCUCCUACAAACCCGCCUCGUCCUCCUGCAACUCGACAAGCUCGAAGCAUGGGGCCAUGUCCUCAACUUCACCGUCUCCCGCACCCAGCCAAAACAGCCCCGCCUCGUCCGCCGCCGCUCGAGCGCGUCCUCCACCAGCAGCAUCGACGACAGCCCGCCAUUAGCUCCCCGAAUCACCCCCGUCGCUGCUGAUGCGCUCGACCGCUCGUCCUCUCCGCACGCGCACUACCUCAGCGCAUACAUCGACUCCGUCUGCUCUCCUCCGUCUUCCUCCUCCUCCUCAUCCUCCUCCUCUACAUCCACCCGCACAACACCCUGCGCGCUCUCAUUCGCCCAGGUCCGCGCCCUCGUCCACGAAAUCGAGCUCUUCCUCUUAAACGAAGAAGACCCUGCGCUCCGAGAAUUCCCCCGCAUCGAGAUCCUCCCAAAUAUCCGCGGCCCGCUACUCUACACCCGAGGCGGCCGCAGACGUGUCGUCGCCGCUGCCGCCGCCGCGCCGCCCUCCGUUGCUACAGCUCUUGCUACCACCCGAUGA